AGUUUGACAACGUAUAUAGCGCCGUAUACAGGUCUGUCUCUAAAGAUGUCUGAUGAUCCGCAAUUAGACCUUUUGAACCACAAGCUGCAACUUCAGCAGGUCGAAGCAGCUCUCGAGCUAGAUCCAGAAAACGGGGAACUUCUCCAGCUCAAACGAGAUCUUGAGGAAGUCAUCAAACUCUCACUUGAAUUAUUGGGCAGAACAUCUGAUACACCAGAAGUAUCGUGGAAUGUUGGCGAUCAGUGCAUGGCCAUGUGCUCCCGUGAUAAACUGUAGGUUUUCUUGAAUUCUCGUGUUACUUAGUAGUUACUACCGAGCUACAAUACUUGAAUUUCUUGGGGAUGUAAGCUGCGUCGUUAAUUUCGAUAUGUACGAUACAACGGACGUAUGCCAGGUGUGUUCUUGCUACAUUUUUAUAUAUUUGCUGUAUUUGUCCACUUGGUAGGCUUACUAAGAUAGCUUUUAAGUUUGUCUGAAGUAGGGACCUGAUCUUUUGCCCAGCAACUGUAGCAGCUAUAUAAUUAUAAGCCUUUUAUGGGACUUUAGUUUCUCAUAUUCCUUAUGAAGAAUCUUAAUAAAACUUGUCUACGUAAUUAGGUCUUCGUUUUAGCUAGAAAAUACCUAUUUAAAGAUUGGUUUGUCCUAACUGUCUUACCAUUUGCGGCUGCCGUUAAAUUUUUGUAUACAUUCAAGCACGAGACGUAUGGUACUUUGAAGCCGUCCGCUUGAUAAUUGGGAUGACAGCAAUCAACGGUUCGUGGGGAAAUUAAUCGUGAGUGAAUAUUUUGGUUUAAACAAACCUGAGAUGUCUGUUUUUAUACAGUACUUGAUCUCUAUACAUCACGUUCAUCGUAAGCAUGUUUCUUUUGCAGCUGUGUCACUUAAAGCCGGUCACGACAGUUACUCCUAUUGUGAAAAAGAAAAAACAUGACACGAAAUCUCGUGCUAUAGAAAAGAAGAAGAUUAAAAAACAACGUCUUCUUCAAAGGGAAGUAGAGAUUGAGUCGUUUUGCGAAAAGGAGAAAAACCGUUGGCUUAAUUUCAGCAAGAAAAUGAUCAAAACUGGGAAGACAAAGAAAAGUAUCUUCGCCUCUCCUGAAGCCCUGGACGGUCGUGUGGGUGUUGGAACGUGUGGUAUAGGUGGCAAACCAAUGACCAAGUUUACCGUGUUAAAUAACAGCAGCAAAAAACAGUAAAUAUUUCUCUUGCCUUGUACAUAUUGUAAAUAUACUUUAAAACUUUUCUGGUCUAUUAAAUAAUGCCCAG